GUGUGUGUGUGUGUGUGUGUGUGUGUGUCAGCUGACUGAUGAAGGUGCAGCUCAGCAGAUCCCAGGUGGACAGAUCCUGGAACCAGGCAGACAUGCUGCUCUGGGUCUCCUGCCUCCUGUGUUUCUGUGUGGACGCUCUGCAGACAGGCAGAGAUCUGAAUCUGAACCAGAAUCAGCUUAACUGGACUUUAGUCAACCAGACUCAGUCCUUCUUCUCGGGACGGUUUGGACUCAGCGAUGUGGCAGGCGUUCGCUCCUUCCCCCCUGAACAGGAGGUGGAGACCAGAAUCAUCGGGGGUCAGGAGGCCUGGGCCCACUCGUGGCCCUGGCAGGUCUCCCUUCAGUUCUCGUCCAUGUCGGCCUGUGGGGGCGCCAUCAUUGGCCCGCAGUGGGUCAUCUCUGCUGCCCAUUGCUUCACAAGGUACAACAAGGAAGCUCUGUGGAAAGUUCUGGCAGGACGGCACGACCUGGAUAAGCCCCAGGAGCCUGAGGAGCAGCUGGUCAAGGUCUCCCGGCUCGUUAGCCAUCAUGGCUAUGACACCAAGACCAAAGAGAGCGACGUGGCGCUGCUGAAACUCGAGCAUCCUUUGGUUUUUAACGAGUUCGUCAGACCCAUUGACGUGUGGAUGGGUCCGCUGCUGGACCUGACGAAGUGCACCAUAACGGGCUGGGGUUCCACCAGAGAGAAUGGUCCUCGGGUCAACAGACUGCAGGAGGUGAACGUGACCAUCCUACCGUCCAACACCUGCAAUGAGUACUACAACGGCAGGAUCAGACCGUCCAUGUUCUGCGCCGGGAAGGAGGAAGGAGGAGUCGAUGCCUGUCAGGGGGACUCAGGAGGUCCGCUGUCAUGCUUCACCGGAACCAGACAUGAGCUGGCAGGUCUGGUGAGUUGGGGAGUUGGUUGUGGUCGAGCCAAAAAACCGGGAGUCUACACCAAAGUCCAAGAGCACAUGAGAUGGAUCUCUGAGGUCAUGAACGAUAACAUCUUGCUUGAAGAUGAUCUCACAGAGGAAGCAGAGGACAAAUGUGGUAAGCAGCGCCACUUGAACUGUGAUCGGACUCUGGGCCCAGCUGGGAUCUCUGUGUCCCAGGGUGGGAGGAUCCAGGUGGACAACGUGACAGAGUCCUGUCCCUUCUCUUGGCCUUGGAUGGUCAGUCUUCAGUCCAAUAAGAAGCACUACUGCAGUGGGGCUUUGAUCCACCACCGCUGGGUGGUCACAGCUAAACACUGCAGCAUCAGCGCCAAGCAAGAUGUCGCUGUCCUUGGACUUCAUGACCUGAAUCAAAAGUCGUCUCAAACCAUCCUGGUGGAUGAUGUCAUCAGCCCGAUGCACGAYGCCAACUUCCCCCCUCAGUCAGACCUGUCUCUGCUCCGCCUUAGUGUCCCUGCCAGGCUGGGACCAAAAGUGUCUCCAAUAUGUGUCCCAGAGGAGGACGAAGAACUGGACGACAGUUGGACUUGUUUCACAGCUGGGUGGGGGAAAACUAAAGCAACAGAGAACAUUAAUCCUUCCAAACUGCACCAAGCUAAACUGACUCUGGUCAACGAGACCACCUGCGUUGAGAAGUGGGGGGACUUCGUUAACAACGCUCACAUCUGUUCCCAUCCUGCAGGCUCGGCUUCCUGCACGGGUGAUUCCGGAGCUCCUCUGUUCUGUCAGAAACGAGACACCUACUUCCUGUUUGGYGUGGUCUCGUGGGGCAGCUGGUGGUGCAACGAGGACAAACCGGCCAUUUUCACUAGAGUCCCCGAGUACAAGUCCUGGAUCGGGGUCGAGACCGACGACCAGUAACUCUUUGAAGCAAAGUACCAGAAAUCUGGCUCUUAAUAAACAGUUUGUCUCAUAGAAAAGUUUCUGGUUCCAGGUCAUCGGUUCUUUAGAUCUGACCCAGUCUCAGGAGUCAGGAGGACUUCAGCAGACCUACCCUGGUCUGAGGCUCUGCUGUUAGAACUGGGUCAGGGACUAGAGAAUCACUGGGUUCCAAACACUAAACUGGUCCUGAGAAGCUAAACUAGCAGCAGCUUUGAUUCAGAGUUUUGUUCAGAUUGAAUGAAAAAUAAAAUAUUUUAAAUCAA